UGAUACACGCGUGAGAUAAGUCCCUCUUUGGAAGCUCCUAUUACGCCCUCCGCCUUUGUGCUUCCACUGAUCUUCGCUAUACCAUGAUCGAUAAAUACCUUGAGUUCUGCCACUGAUCUUGAGCUCGCCGAAACAUCCCUUGCCCUAAGCUGUCACUGAACCACUAGACUACUUUGCAAUAUGGUUCCUCCACUUCCUCCGCUGCACGAAGAUCUGAUGCUCGAUGUUUUCACACAUCGCGCUUUGACUCAAGGUGUCAUUAAUGACCACACGCCACAUGGAAAUAGCGAUAGACUCGCACAACUUGGAAAAUCGGUGUUGAACACCAUCGUGACGUUUAUAUUAUUCGCAGAAAGACCUAUGUUGUCUGCCGAAGAGCUGAAGACCAAACAGGAGCAAAUCCUAAGCAACGAAAGCAUGGUUGCUUGGCUUGACGCGUAUAAUACCGAACUGAAGAGACGUGUGAGAGGAGGGAGGGGCGCUCUCGACAACCCCGAGGAAGCUCGCUUCCUUUUCAACAGUUACGUUGGAGCUGUUUGUCUCCAAGAUGGCUUACAGGCGGCAACUAACUGGGUCAGUAAACUUGUGAAGCCUGAGAGCCAACCACCGGCUUUGGUGGAUGACUCGCAAAACAACACUUUGUCGAUGGUACCACCUUUAUCACCUGCCAGUGCGGCGGCGUCACUCCCGGCCACCCCUCAGACGGCGGGUACGUCGCAAACCGCCCCGCCUCCAUAUUAUCCGACCCCCCCGCAAGCAUCAACCAUACCUUCAGGAGUUCCCCAGGGCACACUUGCCCUGUUCAACCAAACUUGUCACCAACGGGGAAUUCCUGUCGAGUGGAUCGCUUCCGCAAAUGGUCCGCAGCAUGAUCCCAGGUGGGAAGUGAAAUGUAAAAUAAACGAUGCCGAGCGGGGUUUUGGUCUCGGUAGAAACCAGAAAAUAGCAAAGGAAUUAGCGGCAUAUGAAGCGUAUCUGUAUAUGCAAAGUAUUGGUUGGACCUUGCCACAGCCAGAACCGACUGCGUAAACCUCAGGCUCGUUCUUGUUCAUGCAUCUAUUGGUGCUUUCGUGUUCUCAAUUGUAUUAUCUC